UCCUUCACCCCAUCACAGCACCAUCACAAAAUCCUACCGGACUCACGGUCACCGUGUUACCCUUACCCACCUUCUCCUACGCACAGCACAACCAAUCACACGCGCUCCGCUCUGUCUAGAGACCAUGGCCACCGCCUGCCGAUUCGCCGCGCCGCUGGGCCUCGCCCCGUUGCCUCGCAGCCGCGCCGGCGCCGGCACCAAGAGCGUCAUUUUCUCGGUACGCUCCACCAAGGUCGUACAGCGGAACUUCGUCGUGAAGGCGGCUUCCGACGAGGGUCCGGCGGAGACACCCGAGAUCGUCAAGGCUGCGCAGGACGCGUGGGCAAAAGUUGAGGACAAGUACGCCGUGGCCACCAUCGGCGUCGCCGGGCUCGUCGCGCUAUGGACGGCCGUAGGGGCGCUCAAGGCCAUUGACAAGCUUCCUAUCUUGCCUGGUGUGUUGGAGCUGGUUGGCAUCGGGUACACAGGGUGGUUCACAUACCGUAACCUCAUCUUCCAGCCUGACAGGGAAGCGCUGAUCAGCAACAUCAAGAGCACCUACAAUGAAAUCACCGGAAGCAGCAGCUAAUUCAGCAGCAUUUACAAAAUAACUUCGGUAAGAAGAGGGUACCUCGAGCUGCAUCAGUGAGCAACCAUUCAGAAUCAAUAAGUAGCUAGUGAUAUCUAACAUGGAUGUCGUUACUGUUUGCUUCUGUUCCUCUUGGCUUAAGCCAGAGCAAAAACUUACUGAUGAGCUGUCCCUACGAUUACUCUGAAUUCCGAAUGUAUAACUAUGAUAUAUUUCAGUCUUUUCGAGGUC